UCAUGCUCAAAUGACCUCUAUAGACAAUGCAGCUGAAAUUAACGCAGAGACUUCUCGAACUGGAGACAGUACUUUGCGCUUAUAGAGUAUGAAAAUGCAUAUCCGUUGUUAGCAGAAGAUGAGAAGCUUUACCCUAAAGUACAAUGGCCUGAAAUGGAUCUGCAGUUUCGCCCACCGAGUACGUGUGUCCAUUAUCUACUUUCUUGGGUUCCUCUCAACCUUGGUCCGCGCGCACAACUCAUACCAACCCUCUGCCCAUGCCGUGCGUGCCCGGUCCGGGGUCAUGCCUCAAGACACCAAAUUUAGACUUACAACAUGUCGCCCACAGCGCCAUGCAAAGACUGAUCCAAAAGAUUUGCGAAGACAGAACGCGUGAAAUAUAUGGAUAUCGAAGCCAUAUGUUCCGAUCACAGGA